AUGUCUCGUAACAGGCCCAACUCUCGUGCGAGGCGUCUCAAGCGCAAGUCAUGGGAUGAGUUGAGAAAGUUGAAAGCCAUGAGAGAUGGGAUGGACGCCAAGACCUCCGCUGAAGCUGAUGAAGCUACUUCAGCUCAAAGCUCAACCGCCAAUGCUGCCAACAAUACCGAAGCUUCAAAGGUGGAAGAUCCUUCUAUUGAAGAGCAGAGGCCUAAACGCAAGCAUCGUCAUCUUCCUGAUCGUCUCUACUUCCGUGGCACCAAGUUCCAACGUCAGGUCCUAGGCAUUGAGCGGAGUGUCAACAAGCGUAUUGACGACAAGAUUGCCGAAAUGACCACUGUCCUCGAUGCACAAUAUCUUCAUAUCAUGCGCGCAGCAAAUCGAAAGGCUACGCAGUUGCGCACUGAAAAUCGGGGCCUCGCGAGGCGAGUUGAACGAGUUGAGAAACAAAACCGCAUACUUGAGAGAAAACUGGACGAACUGCUGGAUGAUGUCUCUAUCAACCGUUCGGAAAUGUUGCGCGAGCGGCUCGGGCGCACUCGGGCGCGGUUUGCGCAGCAACGCCACGACGACAACGACAACGACGGUUCGGGCGGCUUUAUCAUGGACUAG